AUGUCUCUGGAUUGUAGAUGGAGCAAUUCAAGGACAUAUUUGUGGCUUUUCCUACUACAAUGUUGCUUGAAAACGGCGGCUGGCCAGCUCUCCUAUUCCAUCUCCGAGGAGGUAAACCCCGGCACUCCAGUAGGAAAUAUUGCAAAGGACUUAAAUCUGAAUACACACCAGUUGGAGUCCCGUUCGUUUCAGAUUGUUACUGGAUCAAAAAAGAAUUUCUUCGAGGUAAAUCGGAAGACUGGUGUUCUCUAUGUCACUGAGAGAAUAGACAGAGAGGAGCUAUGCUCCGAGGAAAUUAAAUGCCCAGUCAGCGUAGAAGCUGUAAUAAACAACCCUUUGAAGCUUUAUCGCAUUGAUGUGGAGAUUUUAGAUGUCAACGACAAUGCUCCGCUGUUUACCACCAAGGAGCAACAUUUGUACAUAGCAGAGUCUACUUUACCGGGUGUGAAAUUUGCAUUAUCUGAAGCAACUGAUGCAGAUGUGGGUAGAAAUGGGAUUAGUACUUAUAAAUUAAGCCAGGACGAGCAUUUUUCUUUGGCAGUGCACAAAGUAGGUGACAGUGUGUCCGCUGAGUUAGUGCUGCAAAAAGCCUUAGAUCGAGAAAAGCAGCCUGUGAUAACAAUGACACUGAUCGCGGUAGACGGGGGAAAUCCAGCUAAAUCGGGAACAUCACAACUCGUUAUUACAGUGUUAGAUAUUAACGAUAAUAUUCCAAUCUUCAGUGAGUCCCUUUAUAAAGCGAAAAUAACCGAAAACACACCAUUAGGCGCAACAGUAAUCGCUGUGAACGCCACCGAUGCAGAUGAGGGCCUGAACAGUGAGAUAGUUUACUCUUUGAGAAGCAAAGACCAAGAUCAUGUACUUGAUAUCUUUGAAAUUGAACCACACACGGGGGUGAUUAAAGUCAAGGGAAAAAUAGACUUUGAAGAGAGGAAGGCUUUCGAGAUACGUGUUGAAGCCAGUGACAAGGGGCUGCCUCCAAUGUCCACACAUUGCAAGGUUUUAGUAGAGGUAGUGGACCUGAAUGACAAUGCUCCUGAAAUCACGGUGACGUCAUUACAUAAUACAGUGAAGGAAGAUGCAAUUAAAGGUACGGCAGUGGCACUUGUGUCAGUAAUUGAUAAAGAUGGCGGGAAAAAUGGGGACGUCAAUGUCCAGAUUCAAAAAGGGGUUCCAUUCAAACUGGAAACAAACUACAAAAAUUAUUACUCUUUGUUAGUUGAUGGACUCCUAGACAGGGAGAGAGUUUCAAACUACAACGUCACUAUUAUUGGCAGUGAUAAAGGAAGCCCGCCUCUCUCCAGCACAAGUGUACUUUCUAUACGUCUUUCUGAUGUGAAUGAUAACGCACCGUCGUUUCCAGAGUCAACAGUUAACGUGUAUAUGAAAGAGAACAGUGCCACAGGAACAGUGGUGACACGAGUAACUGCAACGGAUGCCGAUACUGGUCAGAAUAGUGAGGUGAGCUAUUCAUUUUUACAAAGUAAAAGUAACACACUGCUGUCAUCUGCAAUGGUGAAUAUCAACUCUCAAACUGGAGACAUAGUCAGCCUGCAGUCUUUUAACUACGAGGAAAAUCAUGUGUCGGCAUUACUCUUUUUUGUGCUGUUGGAUUGUUAUUGGAGAACGGUGUCUGGGCAGCUAUCCUACUCUGUAUCAGAAGAGGUGAACCCGGGGACGUCUGUGGGAAACAUAGCCAAGGAUUUAAACCUGAGCGUCCAUGAGCUGGAAACUCGCAUGUUCCGAAUAGUUUCAGGAUCGAAGAAAAGGUAUUUCGACGUAAAUCUGAAGACAGGAAUACUCUUCGUUAGCGACAGAAUAGAUAGAGAAGAGCUGUGUGCAAAGUCAGCAAAAUGUGCAGUGAGCGUUGAGGCUGUGAUAAAUGCUCCAUUAAAGCUAUAUCGUUUAGACAUAAAUAUUCUAGAUGUGAAUGACAAUUAUCCUAUUUUCAGCACUAAUUCACAAAAUAUAGAAAUAGCUGAAAGCACAUUACCAGGGACUACAUUUCUGGUAUUAUCAGCAUACGAUGCAGAUGUAGAAAAAAAUGACAUCAGUACUUACAAGCUGAGUAAAAAUGAUCAUUUUGCAUUAGCAGUUAACAAAGGAGAAAGAGUGUCUGCUGAAUUAAUCCUCCAGAAACCUUUAGACCGAGAAAAACAGGCUGUAAUUAGACUCACACUGACCGCUGUAGAUGGCGGUGCACCUCCGAAAACCGGAACAUCUCAAUUGAUAAUCAAUGUCUUAGAUAAUAAUGAUAAUGUACCAAUAUUUUCUAAACCACUGUAUAAAACAAGCAUUACUGAGAAUGCACCGUUUGGGUCGUCAAUAAUUGAAGUCACGGCAACAGACAAUGAUGAGGGACAGAACGGAGAGAUUUCAUAUUCACUUAGCAGCCAAGAUCAAGAUCACGUUUUGAACUUAUUUCAGAUUGAUGAGCAUUCAGGACUAUUGACAGUCAAAGGAAACAUUGACUUUGAAUAUCACCCAGCUUUUGAAAUCCGCGUGCAGGCCAGUGACAAAGGCUCUCCCCAAAUGACAUCACAGUGCAAAAUAUUAAUAGAAGUGAUGGACAUAAAUGACAAUGCUCCUGAGAUAUCUGUAACUACGCUCGUUGACACUGUCCAGGAGGAUGCCAAAUUAGGCACAGCUAUUGCACUCGUUUCAGUGCUGGACCGUGAUGGAGGUAAAAAUGGAAUUGUUCACUGUGAAAUUAGUAAUAGCAGACCGUUUAAACUGGAAACAAACUACAAGAACUAUUACUCGUUGGUCGUAGAUGGGCAUCUAGAUAGAGAGAGUAACUCAUUUUUUAAUAUCACAAUUACAGCGACAGAUGAAGGAAUCCCUGCUCUCACAAGCACAAGAGAUUUAGCUGUUUAUGUUUCCGAUAUCAAUGACAACGCUCCUCGCUUCGCUGACGAUGUGUUCAAUGUUUAUUUAAAGGAAAAUAGUCCCGUUGGAGAUGUCUUAAAAACUUUAUCUGCACAUGAUGUCGAUAUUGGUGAGAAUGCCCAAGUGACUUAUUCAAUUGUCAAACGUAAGAGUGAAUCGCGGCCUCUGUCUACAAUGGUAAACAUUAACUCAGAGACUGGAGACAUAGUCAGCCUGCACUUGUUUAUAUCUGUAAUCAUGCCUUUACCGGACAGGACGAGCGUUUUCUGGAUAUAUGUACUGUUCCUGAUACUGGAUUGUUAUCGGAAAACUGUUUGUGGGCAGCUCACUUACUCUGUUGCAGAGGAAGCAAUUGUUGGAACUGUUGUUGGAAAUAUCGCAAAAGAUCUGAACAUCAAUGUACAAGAUUUAGAACGCCGUGCCUUUAAGAUUGACGGAUCAAAGAGGAAAUAUUUCGAGGUAAAUCUGAAGACUGGUGCUAUCUAUGUUAAUGAGAGAAUAGACCGAGAAGAGCUCUGCAGCUAUGAACCAAAAUGUUCACUUACUGUAGAAGCUGUUAUACAUAACCCCUUAAAACUGUAUCGUAUUGAAAUGGUUAUUUUGGACGUGAACGAUAACUCCCCAUUAUUUCUCAGCCAUUUGCAGACAAUUAACAUCACAGAGAGCACGGCAGCAGGAGCUAAAUUCCUCCUGAAACGAGCUCGUGAUGCAGAUGUGGGAAAAAAUUCAAUAAAUACAUACAAACUUAGCCAAAAUGAACAUUUUUCCCUAGUUAUGCAUAAAGGAGAGAGCAUCACCGCCGAAUUGGUGCUUCAGAAAGUUUUAGAUAGAGAAAAACAGUCUGUAAUUCAUCUUACGUUGACCGCUAUAGAUGGGGGAUCUCCCCCUAAAUCAGGAAGCAUGGACAUUACCAUAAACGUUUUAGAUAGUAAUGAUAAUCCUCCUGUUUUUAGCCAAUCAUUAUAUAAAGCUAAUGUGAAGGAAAACGUCAAGAUUGGAACAUCAAUAAUUACCCUGAAUGCUACUGAUGUCGAUGCAGGCCUGAACGGAAAAGUUUCCUAUUCUUUUAUUGAAAUAGACCAGGGACAAGGAAGUGACUUGUUUCGUAUAGAUAAGGAUACGGGAACUGUUAGAAAUAUAAAAAAUAUAGAUUUUGAAGAGAACAAUGUAUUUGAGAUAAGAGUACAAGCAAGUGAUGGAACGUCCACACCUCUUACGUCACAUGCCAAACUACUGAUUGAAGUCUUAGAUGUUAAUGAUAAUGCUCCUGAAAUCACAGUAACGUCGCUGUUAAGCACAGUCAAAGAGGAUGCAUCCACUGGCACUGCUAUUGCUCUUGUUUCAGUUUUUGAUAAAGAUGGAGGAAAAAAUGAGAUAGUGAGCUGUAAAAUAUCCAAUGAUGUCCCCUUUAAACUGGAAUCCAACUAUAAAAAUCACUAUUCGUUGGUUGUGGACGGUCCUCUCGAUCGAGAGAGUGAGCCUCAAUACAACAUAAGUAUCUCUGCAACAGAUGAGGGCAGUCCACCUCUCUCCAGCACGAGCAUCAUUAACGUGCACGUCUCUGAUGUAAACGAUAAUAAGCCUCAUUUCACAGAGGACAUAGUCAAUGUUUUUAUGAAAGAAAACAGCCCAGUAGGAGCUGUCAUCAAAACGGUGUCAGCAGUUGAUGCAGACGUUGAUAGAAACGGUCAGGUGAGCUAUUCAUUUCUACAGAGUAGUUCUUUACCGUCACCUACAAUGGUGAAUAUUAACUCAGAGACUGGAGAUAUAGUCACCCUGCAGUCUUUUAACUACGAGGACAUGCAUUUUUCGAGCAAAUCGAGCUCAGCGUGGAUAUGUCUCGCUGCUGUGGUGUUGGGUUGUUCGCUGGAAGCAGUUUUUGGACAGCUCUCUUACUCAGUGUCAGAGGAGGUGAAUCUGGGGACCGUUGUCGGAAAUAUAGCGAAAGAUUUGAACGUCAAUGUCCAAGACCUUGAAUCCCGGAUGUUUCAGUGUAACUGCGGAGCGGUGUCCGGGCAGCUUUCCUACUCCGUGUCAGAGGAGGUAAACCUCGGGACGUCUGUUGGCAAUCUCGCCAAAGAUCUGAACUUAAACGUGCAGGAUUUGGAAUCGCGUGUGUUUCAGAUUGUAGCUGGAUCAAAGAAAAAAUAUUUCGAUGUGAAUUUGAAGUCAGGUGUUCUUUACGUCAGCGAGAGGAUAGACAGAGAGGAGCUGUGUGGAAAAGCAGCAAAAUGCCACAUAAAUGUAGAGGCUGUUAUCAAUAACCCCCUGAAACUUUAUCGUAUUGAAGUAAAUAUUAUUGACGUGAAUGAUAACCCCCCCUCUUUCACUGCCAAAUCGCAAACUAUCGAUAUCGCAGAAAGCAUAUUGCCUGGAGCUACCUUCCCUGUGCUGUCUGCUUACGAUGCUGACGUUGGGAAAAAUGGUAUUAAUACAUACAAACUCAAACCGAAUGAAUACUUUUCUUUAGCAGUACACAAAGGUGAACGUGUGUCAGCAGAGCUGGUUCUUCAGAAAGCGUUAGAUCGAGAAAAGCAGGCUUCAAUUAAACUGACAUUGACUGCUUUAGACGGAGGGACACCCGUGAAAUCUGGUAUGUCAGAGAUCAUAAUAAAUGUUUUGGAUAACAACGAUAACAUUCCGAUUUUUUCAAAAACACUCUACAAAACAAGCAUAAUAGAAAAUGCCCCCGUUGGCACGAGAGUGAUUACAGUAACCGCCACUGAUGCAGACGAGGGGUCGAACAGAGAUAUUGCAUAUUUGCUGAAUUCGAAAGAUCAAGAUCACGUCUUAGAAACUUUCGAAAUUGAUUCUGGGACAGGAACAAUAACAAUAAAAGGCACUAUUGAUUUUGAGAGAAACCCUGCCUUUGAGAUUCGCGUGCAAGCUACAGACAAAGGCCAGCCUCCAUUAACUGCUCAAUGUAAAGUGCUUGUUGAAGUGGUGGAUCUAAAUGAUAAUGCUCCUGACAUCACGGUCACGUCGCUGCUGAAUACUGUGAAAGAGGACUCGGAAAUUGGCACUGCAAUUGCACUUGUUUCAGUUAUUGACAGAGAUGGGGGUAAAAAUGGUGAAGUCAAAUGUGAAAUAAUUAAUUCAGUGCCCUUUAAAUUAGAUACAAACUAUAAAAAUUAUUACUCCUUGGUUAUUGGUGAUGUCCUCGACAGAGAACAUGAUUCAACUUAUAACAUCACUAUUAAGGCGUCGGACGAAGGAAGCCCUCCUCUCUCCAGCUUAGCCCAAGUUACAAUUCAAGUUUCUGAUGUCAAUGACAAUGCACCUUCGUUUUCUGAGGCUUCAAUUAACAUGUAUGUGGGGGAAAAUAGUCCUGUAGGCACUAUUUUAAAAGCAGUGAGGGCAACUGAUGCUGACGAAGUAUUAACGGAGGAGAUACUUUUACCAGAACGCAGACUUUACCCAACACAGAAAAGGAUGUCUAGUCGGAUACUGUGGAGUCGUUUUGGGAGUCUGUUUCUCACUCUUCUUUGUCUUCUCGAAUGGUCCGCUGCUCAAAUAUCUUAUAGCAUUUCUGAGGAGGUGGAAAAAGGUACAGCGGUAGGGAAUCUUGUGAAAGAUUUAAAUCUCAGUGUACAGCAUUUCCAAUCUACGGCGUUUCAGAUUACAUCCGAGUAUAAAAAGCAGUAUUUUGAUAUCAGUCGCGAAUCUGGAGUACUUUUUGUGAGUGAAAGAAUAGACCGGGAGGAGCUUUGUCCGAAUAUGGUAAAGUGCUCUUUAAAUAUUGAAGCCGUUUUAAGUAAUCCUCGGAGUCUCCAUCGAAUUGAAAUAGUAAUUACUGAUGUCAAUGACAAUACUCCAUCUUUUCUUGAUGAAACAUGCACAGUUGAAAUAUACGAGUCUUCAUAUACCGGGGAAAGGUAUCCUCUCCCGUUAGCUCAUGACGCAGACUCUGGGGCCAAUUCGGUAAAGACUUACACCCUGAGCACAAAUGAGCAUUUUUCUCUAGAUAUACAGAACAAUGGCGACCAGAGUGUGUCUGCUGAAUUAGUACUUCAGAAAGCAUUAGAUCGUGAAAAACAGGCCGUUUUUGAGCUAAUUCUGAUGGCGAUUGAUGGAGGAAAGCCCCCAAAAUCAGGAACUUUACAGAUAAAUGUUAAUGUUCUGGAUGUAAAUGACAACUCUCCUGUUUUCAGUAAAUCACUUUACAAGGUGCAGGUGGUCGAAAAUGCAGAGAUUGGCACAGCAUUACUGACACUCACGGCUACUGAUUUAGACGAAGGUGUAAAUGGACAGAUCAUAUACUCUUUUACAGAGAGGGGGCGUUUAAACCCUGACGACAAAUUUUCCCUCAAUGAUGACACUGGAGAAAUUACAGUGAAAUGCUGUAUUGAUUAUGAGGAAAAUAAAGCAUUUGAAAUUCGUGUUCAGGCUAGGGACAAGGGCAAUCCACCGCGCAGUGCACAUAGUAAGGUUUUAGUCGAAGUUAUUGAUGUUAAUGACAAUGCUCCACAAAUAUUAGUGUCUUCACUGAUGAGCCCAGUGAAAGAGGACUCUGAAAGAGGCACUGCUGUUGCUAUGCUAACUGUCAUGGACAGAGAUGGGGGUAAGAAUGGACAGACAAAUUGUAGGAUAAAAGGUGAGGUGCCGUUUAAACUAAAACUUAACUAUAAAAACUAUUACUCUCUUUUGGUUGAUCGGACGCUAGACAGAGAAAAGGUGUCAUUUUAUAAUUUAACAAUUGUCGCUACAGAUGAAGGAACCCCUGCUUUGUCAAACACCAGUGUGGUCCCUAUUCAGGUUUCAGAUGUAAAUGACAAUCCUCCUCUUUUUGUUGAUUCACUAAUUAAUGUUUAUUUAAAAGAGAAUAGCCCAAUUGGAACUACUAUUCAUACGCUAACCACAUUUGAUCCAGAUUUCGAUGAAAAUGCUAAAUCAACUUACCAUUUAGUGAGCAGUUCUGUUAAAACUGUACAGACUACUUCAAUUGUAAUAGUAAAUUCAGAGACUGGAGACAUAGUCAGCCUGCAAGACGGAGGGAAAAAUGGCCAGACUCGUUGUUCACUUCUUGGCUCUACACCUUUCAAGCUGAUUUCGAAUUAUAAGAAUUAUUAUUCGUUAGUUGUAGAUGGCCCUCUGGAUCGAGAGGUACGCUCCGUUUACAAUGUCACAAUAACUGCAAACGACGAAGGAACACCGUCUCUUUCUAGCAUAGGUGUCAUUAAAGUACACGUCUCUGAUGUAAAUGAUAACAAGCCUAAUUUCCUUGAACCCGUAGUUAAUAUCUACGUAAGGGAAAACAGUCCAUUUGGAGCUAGUAUCUAUACUAUUACUGCCGUCGAUCCUGAUUUAAAUGAAAAUGGCAAGGUUACGUAUUCUUUACAAAGUGGCUCAAAAGAAAUUCCCUUCAACUCAUUUGUAAAUAUCAACCAAGACACUGGAGAUAUAGUCAGCCUACAGUCGUUUAACUAUGAGGAGUUAAAAACCUUCCAGUUCAAAGCUACGGGUAGUAUGGAGCAAGUAAUGGAUUUUCGGCUAAGGAUUUCUUUUUUAUUCCCUGUCUUUCACGUACUGAGUGUCGCAUCAGGACAGAUUGUAUAUUCUGUAACGGAGGAAUCGAGUCCGGCUACGACUGUGGGCAAUUUAGCAAAGGAUUUACAUUUGGAUGUCCACAGCUUGGAAACUCGAGGUUUUCAGAUUUCAGGACCUAACAAGAGAUAUUUCGAAGUGGAUGUAAAGACUGGAACUCUUUUGGUAAAAGACAGAAUAGACCGAGAAGAGCUCUGCUCUCGGAAUGUGAGGUGUUCUCUGGAAGUGGAAGCCAUUGUGAACUCUCCCUUGAAUCUGUAUCGCUUUGAGGUUAAAAUUGUGGACAUAAAUGACAACACACCCUCAUUUCGGAUACCAGAGAUCGUUCUGAAUGUGUCGGAGUUAGCUUCUCCUGGUGAAAAAUUCGCUCUGCCAAAGGCAUUUGACGCAGAUGUGGGGAGUUACUCCGUAAAGGGCUACAAGCUGAGUCAAAAUGAGCAUUUCACGCUCGACGUGCAGAAUAGUGGAGAGUCGAAUGUUUUUGCUGAAAUGGCGUUGAACAAACCUUUAGAUCGCGAAAAGCAGCCACUUAUUGAAUUAACACUGACAGCUACAGAUGGAGGAAAACCUCCAAAAUCAGGUACGUUACUGAUCACCGUUAAUGUGCAAGAUGUAAAUGAUAAUAUUCCCGUAUUCGACAGACUCCUGUACAAAGCCACUGUGCUCGAAAACACGCCGCCAGGAGCGACUGUCAUUUCUGUGCAUGCUAAAGAUUUAGACGAGGGUCUUAAUGGUGAAAUACAGUAUUCUUUUAUUAAUCAAGACAUUGAUAAUGAUGUUGAUAAAUUUCACAUUGACCCUAUAUCUGGGGAGAUAACCGUAAUUGGUCAUUUGGAUCAUGAAAAAAACAGUGCAGUGGAAAUCCGAGUCCAAGCGAAAGACAAAGGGCCAAAUCCACGUGCAUCUAACUGUAAAGUACUUGUCGAAAUCACUGACAUUAAUGAUAAUUCGCCAGAAAUAUCAGUGACAUCGCUAAUAAAUAUGGUGAGGGAGGAUGCACCCUUAGACACUAUGGUUGGACUUAUAACGGUGAGAGAUCACGACGCCGAUAAAAAUGGAAUUGUUCAUGUCAAAAUCGGUGACAGUGUACCGUUUGCUAUUAAAAACACAUACAAAAAUCAUUACUCUUUAACAGUAGCUGGAGCCCUCGAUAGAGAACAAUAUUCUCAAUAUAAUCUAACAAUUACAGCAACUGACGAGGGGCUCCCGCCCCUCUCCAGUGCCAUCGUUGUUACAGUGCACGUUUCCGAUAUCAAUGAUAAUGCACCUCGAUUUAAAGAGCCAAUUAUAAAUAUAUUUGUUAAAGAGAAUGGUCAGAUUGAUGCAGUAAUUCACAAAAUCACUGCAGAUGAUCCCGACGUGAACGAAAAUGCUGAAGUUACGUUUUCGGUAAUCAAGGAUAAUCAUAAACGUAAUACUAUUGCAUCACUGGUAAACAUCAACUCAGAGACUGGAGACAUAUAUGUGGUCAAAGCGCUGUCCAUGGUACUGAACUACUCAAAUCAUGGAACUAUUUAG